GCUGGAUUUCACUGGAUGGGAACCGAACUACAGACUGAUGGCAUCGCUGCAGCCUCCAGUAAGAACAGCUCUAUCUUGUACCUUUUGUCGUCAGAAAAAACUGCGAUGUGAUCGUCUCCAACCAUGUAGCAGCUGUGUCAAGCGUGGUCUAGAAUGUGUCUAUGCAGGGCCCGCUUUGGCGGCUUCACGUCGCAAUCCUCCUGCGUCAGCGCGGCACUUGGGUCAACGCAUUCGGCAACUCGAGGAGCUUGUGACGGUCUUGCAGAAGGGUGAGCGCUCGAGCCAUGAGGGUAACCCCCUGCACACGGCGCAGGAGAGCCAGAUUGGCCAUGCAGAUGAGCAAGAUGCAAUCACCAGCUCGUUGGGAAGCAUGCGUGUGGAUCCGACGGGUAUGAGCUAUGUUUCGGGUGCGCACUGGGCCGCUCUUCAGGAUAGUAUUGCUGAGAUCAAGGAGUGCGUUGACUCUGAGUCACCUUACACUACGCCUGAUGCAGAGGCCGUUCAGCAAGGUUCCGCGUUGCUACUGGGGCUGUCUCCACCCGGUGGAAUGGAGGGGAUCCUGGCUCAUAUCCCAGCACGACCCGUCGUUGACCGUUUAGUAUCGCGGUUCUUUAGUUCAAUGGAACCAGGUGUUCUGAUCAUCCACGCGCCUACCUUUCAGCACGAGUAUGACCACUUCUGGACCGAACCCCAGUCCAUCAGCCCCACAUGGCUCAGCCUCCUCUUCAGCAUAAUGAACCUCGCGAUCCACCUGCACCAGCGUACCGAAGGCGCCACCACCCCGGACCCCAUCGACAACAACAACAACAACAACAACAACAACAACAACAACAACAACAACAACAACAACAACAACAACAACAACAACAACAACAACAGCACCACCCCCACAACCCAAUGCGAGACCUUCCGCCUGCAGGCCGCCUACUGCCUUGUCACCGCCAAAUACACCACCCCAACCAAAUACACCCUGGAAGCGCUCGCCCUGUACACACAAACCGAGUACUUCCGAAGCAAAGACGCACAGCACGAAGUCUGGCUCUUGAUGGGAAUGACCAUCCGCCUCGCGAUGCGGGCCGGGCUCCACCGUGACGGGGCAGGGUACUCCCCACGACUCUCCUGCUUCGAGGCCGAAAUGCGUCGGCGCCUGUGGUCGCUCAUGGCGCAGCUCGACGCGCUCUUCUCGUUCCAGAUCGGACUGCCGCGCAUGAUCGCCAGCGGGGUGGCCGACACCCGGCCCCCGCACAACCUGCUGGAUGAGGACUUCGGUCCAGCCUCCACCAGUCUCCCGCCGCCCCGCCCAGAGACCGAAUUCACGCCGGUCCUGUAUCUUAUCGCCAAGAGCCGGCUGGCGGAGGUGUUCGGCCGCAUUGCGGAUCACGUCGCCUCGACACACCCCACAUCCCUCAGUCAGGUAAGUCAACUGGACCAGCAGCUCGAUGCCGCCAACGCGGGGACGCCGGCGGUGCUGCAAUUCCGCGAGGUCGGCGCCUCGGUCACGGAGCUGCCGCAUCUCGUGAUGCUGCGCUAUAACCUCGAGAUCCUCUACCAGAAGUCGCGGUGUAUUCUGCAUCGGCGAGGACUCGGCGAGGGCCGCUUCUCAGAUUCCCGAGGGGCCGCGUCGAGGGGGGUUUGUCUGGACGCCGCGAUGCGGUUGCUGCGGCAUCAGGCGACGAUCGACGCGCAGGUUCAGCCGGGCGGAGUGCUGGCGCGGUGUCGCUGGUUCGUGACCUCGUUGACGACUCAUGAUUUUAUCUUCGCUGCCAUGGUGGUGUGUUUCGAGCUGCAUUUGCGGAGGCGGGAGGGUGGGGGUGGCUUGCAUGCUUACGACCCGGGGACGGAGGCGCUGCUGCUCGCGUUACGCACUUCGCAGGGGAUCCUGAGUCAGUAUCAGGGGGAGUCGGCGGAGGCGAGGCAGGCCUGGCUGGCGAUUAGCGUCAUGGUGCGGAAGGUGGAUAGCUCGGGCGAGCACGUUGUGGCAGGAGCUAGCAGUGGAGUUAAUUGGUCUGUGGGCUUUGGGGGCUCAGAUACGGUGAAAGAGCCGGACCAGGAGAACGACAUGCUGGGUUAUCCCGUAGGCCAGCUCCACGCUAUGUUCGCACCAGGUAUGCCCUCCGGUAUCGUACCGUCGCUGGAGGAAUUCGAUUUCUCUCAACUGCCAAGCGAGCUGGUAAAUAUGUGGGAUCUCUCGGGAGAUACGAAUUGGGUGUUUGCGGAUACUAUUUGAGGGUACGAGAAUGUGUCCCAGGGUUCGCGGUGGGGUGAUAUUAUAAGAAAGAAACCGAGGUGUCCAUCGAUGACAAUAUAG